AUGCGAGAUUUGAGUCCCAACACCCGGAGGGCUCGUGAUCCGACAAUGGAGUCGAAGGGGUCGACAUCCUCGUCGAACCUGGCCCGCUCGCUCUGGCGCGGCUUCACCCUCAGCUACGGUCUGCUGGUCGGUUUCGUCUGGAUGCUGUCCGCCCUCCGCGAUGCACUCUUCUUCCGCCGCCGCCACAAGAAGGUCACCGAGAAGGAGCUGGCUGCCGCCCGCGACCGCAUCUGGGACCUCUCGAAGCCUCCCAUCCCCAACUUCACUCACGCCUUCUUCACCACACCCGACGAAUCCCCCGUUACCCUGCAUUACGUCGCUUCGGCCUGGGAUGCUGGCCCACGCCCAAACCUCGUGGUCUUGCUGCACGGCUUCCCUGAUAGCUGGGCCCUGUGGAAGGACUUCCUCUCGCAGAAGCAGAACCUCGAUCGAGACACGGUGUACGUGGCGCUCGACCUGCCCGGCUAUGGUGGCAGCGACAGCCUGGCCGAGUACAACGCGUACAACGUGCUGGAGGCGGUGACGGGCUUCGUGCUGGGCAUGCGGGAGAAGUACGGCGUGGAUGGCAGCGGCGAGGAGGGCGGUGCCGUCGGUGGAGCUGUCGACGAGAGGGGUCAGGUUGUGCUCGUGAGCCACGACUGGGGUGGUGCAGUUGCCUGCAGGCUCGCUAGUGAGGCACCGCAGUUGGCGGACCACUUCGUUAUCGUAAGCAUCGUGUUGCUCAGCAAGUCUCAUUAUAUUUUUGCUUUUACUCUCCCUGAUUUCUUAGCCAAAGUGCUAGGUUCCUUCACUGGCAGCUGGUUCCUCGGCAAAAUCCACUCCAUUGCCUCUACCAAUACUCCCAGCGACGGCAGCGGCAGGAGCUCCAUAGAGGAAGCUGCUGAAGCCCUUGCCAGCUCCCUCGGUCCAGGUAUUUCCCAGUGCAAAACCACCCUCUCCAUACCGCUUCCUGCCGUGCCGGAAAAGCAAGCAGUCAACGACAUUUCGACGCCAACCGCCUACCCUUCAACCGUCCACACCCGCGCCACCUCAGCGAGCCACGCCUGGUUCCAAAAGACACGCUACUACCGCGACGGCCUGAUCCUGGGCCACUGGUCCAAGAGCCUGCAGACGAUCCUCUCGCUCUCCGUUCUCGACAGCUCCAACUCGACCCUCGUCGGUUCGUCGACCGGCACAUCGCCCACAAGCAGUAAGUUCGCGUCAUCAUUCUCCAGCCCUCCGCCUCCACCGCCACCGACGCAAAGCUCAGAAAAAACACAAUCAGCCGCCGAGCAACAACAGCAGCAGGGAGAAGACGGUGUCGGCGGCUUCGCCCGCCACCGCCGCCGCCGUUCCAGCGUUGGAGGCCUGUACGGCAGCUACGCUAGCCGCGGUAGCCGACGCUCCAGCCUAAGUGUCGGCGCCUCGCUCUUCGAUAGCUCUAGCGGGCCUCAGGGCGCCCUGCGCGCGCCGACCACGCUCGUCGCCGGCAAGGACGACGUCGCAUUCGACUGGCGACUCGCACUCGAGGGCAUCGGCGACCACUUCAGCAAGGGUGGCGCCGUCGUCGUGUGCGAGGGCGCUGGCCACUGGAUCGUGCGUGAGCAGGUCGGACUCGAGGUCAUUAGGAGGAUCGUGGGAAGUGUCAUCGGUGCUGAGGUGGUGGUGGAUGGGGAUGGUGGGAGUGGGAGCGUUGUUGUUGUUGAUGGGAAGGGGGUGGGAGGUGGUGGGUUUGGUGCCGGUGCGCCUGGUGCUGGUGUUGGCGGUGGCGGCGGGGUGAAGCAGUUGUUGAAGGGGGUGGAGGGCGUCAAGGUGACGGUGGAGCGGUAG